UUCUUACGAUGAGAGCAAUCGUAUUCUCAGCCUUGUUGAUCCUCAGCAGCGUGCUGUUUGUCGAGAGUAUAAACUAUACGCAAGCGAGUAAUCUUACGACACUUCUUAAUAGUAUGUCGAAUGUGGUUUACAAAUAUCACAGUGAAUUUGAUACGAAAGUUAAAUUCGCUAAGUUACAAGAAGUUCUUACCUCAAUUGACAAAUCUAUGCUUGACUACCAAGGCACGGCGAAAAAAAAAUUGGAUUCAGUGCGAGAUAAGAAUAGUGAAGCGCGACUCAAAUACGAAGAUUGUGUUGGUCCUGUCUUCCAGUGGUGUGUUUCGCUCAAUAGCAUAUUCGAAAUUGUGAUCGGUCGAUUGAAUGCAGAUUUAAAUAACGAGGAUAGAGACGCCAUUUGGAAUAUAACUGUCAAAACUCUGAGUGAUGGCCAAAGGGUUACUUAUGAUUCCUUGGAAAUUUUAAAGGAAGUGCAAAUGAAAACGGCUUAUUUGAAAAACUCACUGGAGUCCAUGUUGCAUGAUCUGCAUGAUGAUUUUGGUCCAAAUGGGUAUUAUGGCAAGCGCCGAUCUGAGAUAAAUGAGCUAGCUAAGCGUAAAGUCCGACAAGCAGUUCGCUAUACGAUAUUCAUUUCAGGCCUCUUUGAUGCGAUCAUUAUAACUGUUAAAAGUAGGGUUGGCCACUCAUUGUCUUUGCAAGCCAUAUUUAUUAAUGCUGGAUUAGAAAAAGUCAUAAAUGGAGAAAAAAAGAAGCCGUCGUAUUCAGAACAAUUGGAAACCAUUCAAGUGUUCUUCAAUACUCUUAAUGACAAAAUUACGCAUGCCAGCGAAGUUGCAACUGAGGUUAAUAAGGAGUUAGAAGUAGAUAAGAAAAAUUUGUAUGCACUUCGAGGAUUUCUCAAUGGCGCCGAUACUAGUAAGCAUUUACUCUUCCAUAAUCAUAUGCGGUCGUUACUUAAACCAAGCUUCGAAAACUUAAGUGGUCAAUGCAUUGCCUACGCAAAAUGGCAUGGUUUUGAUUCCGAUAACUAUCCGGAACUCACUCAUAAUCGAGUGAGACGUCAGGCAAGCGAGCAGUGCCAGCAUCAGCGAUUGAAUGCAAUGACCAAGACGAUUGGAUCCCAUCCUGCGCUUAUCACACUUGAGGAUUUGGCUUCCAAGGCCCAUUUCAUUGUGAACACAAUCGAUUGUGAGUCGCCCAUCGUUGCGGAAUAAGCAACCAACGUGGCUAGACGAAUUUUUAAGCAAUUAACAACAUAUUUAGCAAACAUUAUUAAUAAAAGC